UUUGGGAGUCUCAUUCAAUCUGUGAGCAAGUGAAGAAGAUCUCGACUGUCUCGUCUCACUCGUCCCACCUCAUCCGAUUCAUUCAUCUCGUGUGUGUGCGUGCGGUGGAAUCGCUUGUUUAUUUAAGUCCACAACCAUUUCCUAUAUCCUACUUUCACCAAAACUUAUCUAUUACUCAGAGUGAGUCGGAUACCACCCGCAACAAAUUUCGAAUUGGUCUCAGCAAUUUGUCAAAAAAGUGGAGGAUUUAGGAAAGAAAAGUUAAAAAUAUUGGUGCCGUUUUGGUGAAAGUUAAACUUUUGAUUGUGAUUUUUAUGUAUAGUGUUUAUUCAUUAAUUUGCAUAAUCUUACUUGAUUAAAGGCAGUAUUUUGGUGGAUUACAAGUCGAACCCAGGAUCGUGCAGCAUCACGAGGACAAGCAUUUCUUGCAAACAACGUUCUACAUAAUCUUCAACAAACAAUAUGUGACUGUGUUGUGCCUGAAGUGAAACAUGAUGCAUGAAUAUAACAACAAAUGAAGAUUUAUGGGCAAAUCGUCCGCAUCCGUAGUUUAUGAAAUGACAGCAGUGGUCAAGUUUUAAGUCGCGACAACGAGACACAUAUUUCAAACUGCUAAUCCAAUAAGAGUGACAAUAUACUGCAGUUUAUGACCAAUAAAGUACGUAUGAUGCAUAACAUUACGUACGUAACACAAUGCUCCCUGUGACAGACAGGUGACAAAGAUGUGAGAGAAAAUUCAAGAUUCACACGCCAGAUUUCCCAACAAUUUACUACAUCUUUAACCAACAAAUGACAAUGUACUCUUGGUAAACGGGGAGUGAAAUUAAAAUUCUAAAAAUGGACGCAGAGGACAAUGGGCUCCUUGAUAGGAAUCGGCGACAAAGUCAAAUCUUAAAGCAACGAACGGCCACAAUCGUGAAGAAAAAUCAAAAUGAGGACCUCGAAGAAGUCUCCAUCGAUGAAAGUAGUGGUAUGGAUUCCCAAAACCAAAAUUUGGUCCAACCCUUAACUUCCGAGCAGGAGGACCAAGCCGCCGAAGAUGACGAGGAACAAGACCAAGUCCGGAUGAUUCGGUAUUGGCGUUCUAAAAGUUUACCGUAUGCGUACCUCCCACAAAUUGAGGGUGAAAAUAGUCACCACCAUCAUCACCGGACCCAUCCAAACAAUACGAGUAUAGAUUCUGGUUCGGGCUGUUCGUCAGUGUUUUGUUCAGACAUUUGUAGCAAUGGGGGCAGUGGGCACCACUCGCACCACAGCCACAGCAGCAGAAGGACUUGUACCUACAACGACCCCGGGUGUAAACCGGGGACUUGUAAUGUUAUCCCGACCGGUGUGAGUAGAUGUGGGGGUGUGUUGGGCAAAGACCAAUGUCGCGAUCAGCGGGGCAACAUUCAGGAGUUGAAGAAUGGUCAAGUCAAAAAUAUCGCCAAUGAUUCUUCCGGUCCUCCGUCCGGUCAGGAAUCUGGAGAAGGCAAACGACAGAUGAAUUGGAAAACGUUACAAACCACGAUCUCACAACAUUACUACCCAGAGGGCGGAUGGGGUUGGAUAAUUACUUUCUGCGCCCUAUUCAGCCACGCGCUAGCCCUUGGAGUUCAACUUUAUCUCUCAAAUAUCGUCUUUCAUCGCUUUCACACAGGUUGGCUGGGAUCAGUAUCAAUGGGUGUUUCCUUGUUUCUUUCGCCACUCUGGGUGUCCAUCUGCAAAAGAAAAAGCACGCGACUUUCAGCCGUUUUUGGAGGACUUGUCGCCUCACUGGGAUGUCUCUUCACCUCGUUUGCGUCUCAAUUUCAUCAAAUCUGCAUCAGUUAUGGAGCUUUUAUAGGCGUUGGUGUCGGGUUGACGAGAGAUGCUUCGACGUUAAUGGUGGGACAGUAUUUUAAAAGAAGACGAGAUCUCGUUGAAAUUUUCGUCGUCUCUGGUUCCGGACUGGGCAUAAUUAUCUGCUCCGUCGGCCUCCAUUCUGCACUCAGUUCCCUGGGUUGGAGACUUGGUCUUCAGGCCGUGACUGGUUCACUAUUUCUUACAUUUUUCUUGGGAACGUGUUAUCGCUCUGCAUCACUUUAUCAUCCGCAGAGAAGAGCGAUUGGAUUCUUAAAGACGACUAAGAGAAAAAUUAAAGAUAAAGAAAAACGCGACGACAAACCGCCCUUCAUCGAUUUUAAGUGUUUAAGGAGUAAAACCCUGCAGAUUUUAUUGUUAUCAUGCGCCUUCACAGCGUUCGGUAUCAAUACGCCGCUUUUCCAUUUAGCUCUCGAGUGCAAAGCGGAAGGAGAGGACCCCUCUUCCCUAGUCCUGCUGCACGUCUACAUCGGCGUGUCGUGGAUCCUGGGGUGCUCCCUCUUUGGCAUCAUGGUGAUUCAAAAAAACCAAGAGUGUCGUGUUUCAAAACAGUAUUUGUGCCAGAUGGCAAGUGUGAUAUGUGGUAUCUCAAUAGUAGCUCUAACUGCGGUUGAAGGACUUGGAGGUCUCGUCAUCUUCGCUUGGGUGUAUGGAUUCGCUCUGGGUGGCUACAAUUACGCCUUAAAAGUCUACACGUACGAGAGAGUCAGAGCUCGACAUUUUCCAAGAGCGUGGUCUUUCGUACAAUGGUCUCAGGCUAUUCCGUUAGUUAUAGGGGUUCCUCUCACAGGACACAUGAACACUGUGAUUGGCUGGAAAUCUGGAUAUUAUCUUUCCGCGUUUUCAGUUUUUGUCGGCUCUGCAUUUUUAUUCUUGACAGAUGUGAGGAGAAGAAGGCUUUCCAGACGUAAAACGCCAAACAGUUCAAUGAAAACUAAUGAGACCACUGAGAGCGUCCAAUCUCCAAAGAUGCGUCGACUUUCUUUCUCCUACCCGUUGGAACAGUUCCCUACUCAAUCCAAACACGAUUCCGAUGGUCAAGGAGGAAAUGGUUUGGAUCCUGCAGGAUUGGGGAAAGAGUUGACUUGCAUUUCCGAGGAGGGAUUGGCAGACAUGGAUUUCCAGGACAUUUACUUUGACGAAUGGGCCGAAUAUUUUGGAGAAUGUAUAACUUCAUGUAACAAAGUGGAAAACUGUCUCAAUUCGGAAUACGACCCAGACUACGCUGUUUUAGUGGAACGAAGGGCCAGACGAUGGUCAGCAGUCAGACCUAGUUUUGCACAAACAGCACACGCUGGUCUUGGCACGACUGCAGCUGCCUUGGCGGGGGGCAUUGUCGGGGUGCAUAAUCAGUCCCAUCUCAUCCCCCCGCAUGCAAACCAGCAGUUGUCAUACCCACAUUUAAGUCUCAUCCCUCCGUAUCAGAAUCAACUAGCUACCAAUUCGUCCUCCAUUGAAGUCAAUCCUGCCACUGGGGAUGGUACUGGUGAAACUAAUGACCCCUCUUCAACGGAACAUCAUCCACUCCAAGCUCACCCUUCAACAUCGUCAUCGUCGUCAUCUUCAGGUCUCAGGGAAAUACCACUUUUCAGAAAUCCUGGUCGAAAUACUCUGAAAAAUGGACCCCCACAAAGACCCCAUCCCAUCACGGUUAUUGAUGAGGCUUCAGUCUAAAUUUGACAAGGAAUUUAUAAAUUGUUAUUUAAAUUCAGUUGCUCCUUGGGUUUCGCAUGUCUCACUCGGUUCAUCAUCAUCAUCAAAACAACAAUGAGAUGAUGUUUGUUAGAGGUUAUUUUUGAUUGUUGAGUCCAAUAUAAUUUCUUCCUGUGUAGUAGAAUCAGUAUCAAUAUACUUGCAAUCUGUACCUUCACUUUUGCCGUCGUCGGAUUGUCGCUAUUCCAGAGAGAGGAAAACAACAUCUCCGUAUCUCAUCGAUAUUCUGCUACUGAGCAAUUUCACAAAUUGAGGUCAGAGGUUGAAUGCAUCAUGCAUUGGCAUUUUAAUGUGGUAUCUGUGUACCCAGCCAGACUCCCUUCUGGCUCUGUAUUGUUGCAGAGAUACUUUUCACAAAGUUCUCGUGUAAUGCGAUCCUCAAGAAGCUCUCGCUCUCUACAUUUCUGCUCCAAUGACAAUUGAAAAUGGACAGUGACAUAUGGAAUUGCCUCGAGGAUAUGAGAGACCAGACAAAAUAGUAUUGAGUACGAAAUUGUCCCAGUUUAGUUCCAGUCUGUACAUUACUAUUGACAAAGUCUGAAUUGAACCAUAUACUUAUUGAUAAAAUAGUGUACAUAUUAGUUUUGGACCCUGAGAUUUAAUGCAGUUUUCUAUUUUGUUGUAAUACCUACCGAUUUCUGAGGAAAUACUCAAAUUCACUUUGUCUCAGUUUGUUGAGACUGCUACAUAAUGGGUGAGAAAUAUGAGAAAAAUCAAAUAUGUAUGUGCAAUCUUGAAUUAUUUUUGCGAGCUUUUAGUUUUACAAAAGAUCUCCAUUUAGAGAAUAGUCAAAUAAAAGUAAGUAAAUAAUGUAGUUGAACAGAGUUUAGUAUAGCCGACAGACUGCUUCUUACUGAAUCUAUGUAGUAAAUACGCAAUUUAGAGUCUAAUUAGUUUGCGAUGGAUAGAAAAAUGUUCAACUUGUUCCGUAUUGUAACUUAUUUACAUAUGUAUUUAAGUGUGAAAUCCACUGAAAUAAAAUUGAGCUAUAUUUGUUAGUAUUGUGA